AUGCAAGCAAUGUCACCCUAUAACACGGUCAUCGUGACGGGGACCGUGACGACGACGGCCCGUGGCACGCACGUGUUCGACAUCGGCGGCUUCAACAGCCUGACGAAGCACUGCGGCGGCGUGGACGGCUUCUUCUACUCGCCGACCUUCACCGUCGACGGGCUCGACUGGGCCAUCCGCUACUACCCCGACGGCGACCACAAGGUAGACCAGGGCUACGCGUCCGUUUUCGUGGAGCUCAUGACCAAGGACGCCGCGGCGUGGGCGCGCGUCAGCUUCGGGCUGAUCGACGGGACCACCGGCGAGGUGGUCACCUUGUACCAAUCCAAGGACUCCAACCUGUUCGACUCUGCCUACGACGAGACUUGCGACUGGGGCACCGGCGAGCUCGUCAAGAGGACGUACCUCCAAGCCGGGUCGCAGUACGUCCUCGGCAACCGCCUCAGGAUCGACUGCGCCAUCCACGUGUGUCGCGACCACCUCACCUUCCGCGACGACCCCAGUGCGGCGCUCACCCACUGCUCCGAGGAGGAACCGACGGACGUGACUCUGGACGUCGCAGGAGUGAGCUUCGCCGCCCACGCGUCCGUCCUCCAUGCCCGGGCUCCUGCCAUGAUGAAGCACCACAGCUACACGACGAGCGUGAGCGACGGGAAGCUGCGGGUAUCCGUUGACGACAUGCCGCCGGCGUCGUUCAAGGCGCUGCUCCACUUCGCCUACACGGACUCGCUGCCCGUCGUGAGUGGCCUCAACGGCGCCGGUCACAAGGAGAUGCUCCGGUGCCUGCUCAUCGCCGCCCAGCGGUAUGGCAUGGAGAGGCUCAAGGCGAUCUGCGAGCGCGUCCUCAGCGAGAGCAUCGACGUGGACAUCGUGGCUGCUACCUUAGCCAUGGCCGAAGAGCAUGGCUUCAGCAAGUUGAGAGAAGCUUGUGUGGAGUUCAAUUCAUUCAGCUACGUGAUCUGGCGAGGAGUCCCUGAAUUCAGGUCUGAUCUCGGCAAGGAUCUGAGUUCUUUGGUCGUGGAAUUGAUUGAUCUGAGACGCAUCUCGACAAGGCUCGCGCUGAACGUGUACGUCUGA